AUGGAAGAAGUGGCGUCAAGAAGAUGCAAUCAAGAGACAGAAGGAGACAAGUUGGCCGACUCAAAGACUAAACUUAAUCAAACUAGUGGGAGCCGAAACGUUGAAAGAGAGUUGAAGAAAGCUAAUUCUCCGCAAGAACCAGAAGAAGAAAUGCAAAAAUUGGUUCCCGGAAGUGAACAAGGUUAA